AUGGGACCAGAUCAAGAUGGUAGGAAGCAAAUCACUGACCACUAUGGACCGUUGGGACGUAUUGAGAAUAGGAAAUGUGAUGACACUCAUUACCCAGACAUCUGUGCGUUUGGAAAAACAGAUUCUGGGGACCAGACGUUGUCAUGUGACCCUAAGAUCUGUGGCUUAUCCGCGAUUGAAAUAGCUUCUGUUGAUCCAGAAAUGGGAAAAGCCGUGACGGACUGGAGACUAUUGUCAAAAGAACAAAUUGAUUUAGCAGUUCAGAAAGCCGUCAAAACCAAUUUGGAAAAAGGAUUUAGUUUUCUUUUCCUAAGAUGUGGAGGCAUUUUCCAAGUGCUCAGCUUUCCUCCGGUUUUAAAGAAAGUCGACUUUGGUAAAAAAAGAACUAGAAUCAAUUUAAAUGUGAUUCUGUUAGACUCUAUCUCCAGGCCGCAUUUUUACCGAAUUCUUCCAAGGGCUGUAGAGGCUCUGCAGAAUAUUUCGCAUGAUCCUAAGAUUCAGGCUACCACCUUAGACUUUGAACUUGUUCAGAGCACAGGACAACAGACAUUUGAAAACAUAAGGCCGUUCUUCUGUGGCGUCCUUGAAGACGACAACAAAGUUACUGCCUCAACAAAAAACACUAAAGCUUCCCUUGGUGUGGAGGUGUUGUAUGGGACCUUCAAGAAAUGGGGCUACCAGACGUUCUUCCAAGAGGAUCUUUGUUGGUACGAUGAGUGGGGGAGUGUUUUAACAGACAUUGAAAAAAGAGCAGUGCCUCAGUUGAGUUCUGAGUUCAGAGAGAGGUGGAAGCAAUUUCAAGACAAGGUGGCUAAGAAGCAAGUUGACUAUCAGGGUAUUACACAUUUUUCAUGCACGGCGUUAGAAAAAAUGCUUCGCAGGACCAAUCAUUACGAUUAUCCCCAGAAAAUCUGCUUAAAUGGCAAGUUUUAUAGUUGGUAUUUCAUGGACUACAUAACAAAGGUGUACACUGCUCUGAGAAGCGACGAAAAAGCCAAACCUUUGUUGUCUUACAUGCAUUUUAAUACCGGACACGAGACUAAUGGCAAACGGAUGAUUAACAUGGACGCCAACAUGGCAAAAUUCUUCAUAGAUAUGGCUUCCUUCCCUGAUACUCUAACUUUGAUAUUAUCUGACCACGGUCACACAAGGACUCCGUUUCGUAACACUAAGGAGGGAGGCAGAGAGCUGUACGAUCCAGUAUUUUUUAUGAUUGUUCCUGAUGGUGUAACGGAAAAACUUGGUCCACAAAGGAUGAAGGCGCUAGUAACCAACCAAAAGCGCCUUUUCGUGCUUCAAGAUGUACACAGAGCAUUAAUGAGUUUGUAUGAUCCUGAAAAAAUGGACUCUGUGGAUCAUUCAGUAACAGGAAUAUUUUCAGAGAUUCCAGCAAACCGCACAUGCGCAGACCUAGAAUUGCUUCCCUUG